AUGGGUGACAACAAAGGAGAUACGACCAAGAAGCAAACGCAAACGCAACCGCAACCUCAGCAGCAACAACAACAACUGUCAUCUUCUCCCAAGAACCCACUCGAGGAGUCGACGGAAAAAGGGCAACUUCAACAUCAACAACCACCGCCCGUUGUGGUAACCGGAGCUCCGUUCAUCUCUUCUCCUUUAUAUGUCCCAAUUGGUGCGACUCCGACUCCGUUUGAACAACAAUUUGAUUCUGUGAAUCCCAAGAGACAAAGAUAUAAUAGUAGUCAAUGGAAGCUUUUACCAUCCCCAUCACAACAACAAAAGCAAACAACCCAAAUGGCUAUAUUGACAAGCGAAUCAACCCCAUCGCCAACCACAAACCCCACAAAUCCACUAACUCAAGCUCACACUACUGCAGCUUCAUCCUCCGAGACAACCUCCUCUCCUCCACAUUCUCCCAUUCCUUCUCUCUCUGCAGCUUCUGGUCAAGAGACGAACAAACCAGAGGGUGACCAAUUACAACCCCAGUUCAGAAAAGGAAAAUAUGUGAGCCCAGUUUGGAAACCAAACGAGAUGUUGUGGCUAGCUAGGGCUUGGAAGGUUCUGUACCAAGGUGGAUCAAAUGGGUCUGGCUUAUCUUCUAGAACUGAUCAGCCAGAGAGCGUUCACGUCACCGGUAGCGGCGAGAUGCCGAUUCAAUCAGCAAGAGGAAAAACAAGGGCCGAUAAAGAUAGAGAAGUUGCGGAGUUCUUGCAAAGGCAUGGUGUCAACAGAGAUGCUAAAACUGCUGGGACUAAGUGGGAUAACAUGUUGGGUGAAUUUAGAAAAGUGUAUGAGUGGGAAAGAGGCGGUGAACGAGAACAAGCCGGAAAGAGUUAUUUUAGACUCUCUCCUUAUGAAAGGAAGCUACACAGAUUGCCAGCUUCUUUUGACGAAGAGGUCUUUGAAGAGUUAUCUCAGUUCAUGGGUUCUCGUAUGAGAACACCUCAGAGCAGAGGGGCUUCUGUUGUUGUUUCUGGUGAUGAUAGUAGAACAACUGUCACCAAUACCAGAGUUCUUCCUCCUCCCCCUCCUUUCAAAGAUGAUGACCUCUCGCUCUCAGCGAGGGCAAAGCAACUGGUGAUGACAAGUGGAACUGAAGCCUUCUUUCAUGGUGGUAGAGGGAGUUUACUAGGGUUUGAGUCUCCAAUAGACGUAGGUCUUAUUCCUACUUCAUCUUCCUCUUCCAAGGAACUUCGAAGAAUUGGCAAAAUAAGAAUGACAUGGGAAGAAUCAGUGAGUUUGUGGGCUGAAGAAGGAGAGCACCACAGAGGGAGAAUUAGAAUUCAAGGUUCUAGCUUUCUUAACGCAGAUGAGCUUACUUUCUUUGAUGAUACAAUGGUUGCUUGCAAUAUGGAAGCCUUCGAAGAUGGUUCUCUAAGAGGUUUUUCUGUAGAUAGAUUCCUUCCCGGACAACAAGUCAAAGUCUUUGGGAGAAGAAAGUUUUCCUCAACUUCUGCUUCUUCCGGUUUCAUCGAAAGAGUUCAGCUUCCGUUCGCAGAACACUCCGUCAGAUCAAUCCCUCCAUCUCCAUGGGAGUAUCAAGACCCAACUGACUACUACGUGGGAUGUCUGCGUGUUCCACCAACAACACUACCGAGCUUGUUCGAGCUGUCGUGGCAUUUACAAGAACCACCGCCAGAGGAAUUACGUUUCCCACUCCGAAAAGAUGUCUAUAGAGACUUGCCACAAGGCAAAGAGCUUCUCUUCUCCACUUCAAAUGAAUUGUUAGAUUGUAGAGCUAUUAUAUACGAUAUUUUAAGUCCACUUAUCCGAAAUAACCCUAGCCUCAGUGUGGGCACUGCUACUAGUAGAGACUCUUUCAUUGGCGUUUGGGAUGAUUGCAUCAAUAGGAUCGUGUCCAAGUUUUGUUCUGUUGAAAUGGUUAUUGUACGAAAAUCUUCUUCGUCAUCACCUGAACCAUUGCAGGAUCAGUGGCCAAAUGUGACUGGUUUUGUCAGAAAUUUUUGUUUGUGGCGUGGAGAAGAAGCUGAUCAAUUAAGAGAAGGUCAGCUUGACCCCUCAUCUUCAAUAGUUGAGAAGCUAUUAUGGACUUACAUGGAUCUUCCAUACUUAUUUGGUUACUAUGCAGUUGGCUACAUUGUGACCUUCUGUGCCUUGAGCCGGUCACAAGACCGCGUCAUUAGAACUGAUUUAUAUUCACUCGACCUCUCUUCACCAGUUGAGAGACUGAAAGCCCUCAUCCCGUGUUAUAGAAUAGCAGGCCUUUUGCCAUUGCUAGCAGAUCGCUGCUUCAGCAACAGCAAUGGUUGCAAUUACAAGCAGUAUCCUUUCAGCGAUUUUGAAAGAAUCGAUAUGGGUAAUGGAAAUGUCAUUGAAGUGACUCCAAACACUGUAACAAGAUUUUUCUCAAGCAAGAGAAAAUGGGCAGCGGUGAAAGAAAUAUACGAUUUCCUAGACCACCGAAUUCCACACUCCGAGUCCAUAUACCGCUCGUCAGAGAAAGAUUUGGCCUUGGUGUUUAAGCCUAGAGGGUGCAAGUUUAAGCCCACAAGUUUUGAUCAACUCGUUGAGGCGCUCAAGUACGUGACCAAAGCCUUGGUUGCAUUACAUGACUUAUCUUUCAUGCACAGGGACCUGAGCUGGGACAAAGUAAUGAGAAGAAGCGACCGAGAAAACGAGUGGUUAGUUUGUGGGUUUGAUGAGGCGGUGGGGGCACCACAGAUAUACCCACAUGGGGUGGCAGGAGUGGAGGCACGUGGGAGACACGCUCCGGAAAUGGGGAGGGGAUUGCAUGGAGUAAAGGUUGACGUUUGGGGCGUGGGCCAUUUGGUGAAAACCUGUGGGCUUAGCAAUGUGCCCAAAAUGCUUAGAGAGUUGCAAAUCAGAUGUUUGGACCAGAACCCAGAGCAGAGACCAACUGCCGCCGACUGCUACCACCACCUGCUUCAGUUGCAGUCGUCUCUGUCAGCCACCUCUACUGCACCCUAUUGA